AUGUCGACCUUGCUUACACUUUUGUUUCAGUGGCUUUCUUUGCUUUCUCUAAUCUCCUCAUCAACCAUUGUGUCUGCCAAACAAUAUAAUAUACCAAGGCUCAGUGUUUUUGGAGGAAAUUUCGAAGAAGAACGUCGAAUAGGAACACAAGCAGCAGAAGAAGUAAAACUCUCAAAAGACUUUGAACACUUUUUCUACAACCAAACACUCGAUCAUUUCAAUUACAAGCCUGAAAGCUAUGCCACUUUCCAACAAAAAUAUGUGAUAAAUUCCAAAUACUGGGGUGGCGCAAAGGAAAACGCGCCAAUCUUGGUUUAUUUUGGUUCCGAGUCUCCAUUGACAGAUAAUCAAAUAUAUAAUAUUGGAUUUCUUGAAGAUAAUGCCCCUCAUCUUAAAGCUCUCUUAAUCUAUAUAGAGCAUCGGUACUAUGGACAAUCAGUUCCAUUCAUAUCAUUUGGAGAAGCGUUGAAAAAUUCUACUCUUCGCGGUUAUUUCAAUUCAGCUCAAGCAAUAGCAGAUUAUGCAGAAAUAAUCUUACACGUGAAGGAGAAAUUUUCUGCUCACUACUCUCCGGUUAUUGCCAUUGGAGGAUCCUAUGGAGGAAAACUUACAACAUGGUUUCGGCUGCACUAUCCCCACAUCGCCCUCGGAGCCCUAGCCUCAUCGGCACCUGUCCUGUACUUCGAUGACAUCACUCCACAAGAUGGGUAUUUUAAGAUCAUCACAAAGGAUUUCAAGGAAGCCAGUGAGACUUGCUACCAGACUAUAAAACAAUCGUGGUCUGAAAUUGAUAAAAUUGGUUCUCAGCAGAAUGGUCUUUCAAUCCUUAGCCAAAAAUUCAAGACCUGCUUGCCCUUAAACUCAUCAGAAGACCUCAAAGACUACUUAGAAGCCACCGUAUAUACCGUUGCAGCUCAAUAUAAUCAUCCACCAAAAUAUCCGGUUUCUAGGAUCUGUGCUGCCAUUGAUGGAGCACCUCAAGGAACCGAUAUUUUUAGCCGGAUAUUUGCUGGUGUCGUUGCCUAUAGAGGGGUUCGACCAUGCUAUAAUAUGACCAAAAAUCCCAAUGAUACACCUGAUGGGUAUAGAUGGCAAAUGUGCAGUGAGAUGGUGAUGCCCAUUGGUCAUGGGAAUGAAUCUAUGUUCGAAACUGAUUUUUUCGAUUUAAAUAACUUCACCAAGGACUGUGUUAGCUCGUUUGGCGUCCCACCAAGACCUCAUUGGGUCACAACCUAUUAUGGAGGCCAUGAUAUAAGAUUGGUUCUCCAAAGGUUUGGUAGCAACAUCAUUUUCUCCAAUGGAAUGAAAGAUCCUUAUAGCAUUGGCGGGGUGUUGGAUGGCAUAUCAGACACUAUUCUUUCCAUCAAUACCGCAAAUGGAUCUCAUUGUUUAGACAUACAUAGGGCAAAGGAGACUGAUCCAGAUUGGUUGAUCAAGCAACGACAGACAGAGAUAGACAUCAUUAAAGGAUGGAUUAAAAACUACUUUAUUGAUCUUUCAUCCACUCAGAAAAUAAAAUAAUUGUUGUGUUGUACGUGUAUGAUAUGGAGUCCCUCCAUCAAGUAUCAAGAGAUGCAGUACUGCGUGUAUAAUGUGGUGCCAAAAUUGUAAAUAGUAAAAU